AUUAGCACCUUGUGCUGGGCAAUCAGUACAACGGACUUUCUCAAACGACCACCUGUUGAUUCACUUAAGUGUAUAAAAGCCGAUGAAGUCGGGGGAAGAUAUUCACUUCACGUCUGAAGAUCCUCUAGUCAUUUUCUAAAGUAGACACGUUUAAGAUGAGGAUCGGCUCUCUUCUAAUGGUUUUGACUCUGGGCACAUGUCUGAGUGCCGAGUCCUCACCUACCACCGGUCAUGAAAGUGAAAGCCUGGGUAGCAACAGUCGUGACAAGAGACUUCUCUUCAGUGGUAGUGUUAAUUUGGGAGGUAGUUUGUUGGGAGGCCUAUUAGAUGAAAAAGGACUUUUGGAUCAAUUAUUAAGAGACACAGGGUUAAAAACCAUUGUAUCCGGCGUCCUCAACGUCAACGGAACAUUAGCACAAUUAUUAGGAGGCCCUGAUGGCUUAAUUGGCUAUAUUGUAAAAAUAGUUAACGAUAUUUUUAAAACUCUAGAUCAAACAAGUCAAAAGUCCAUUGUGUCUGGUCUGGCGAGAAGUCCUAUGCUGCGGAAUAUUCUCAGCCAUGUUACUAGCCCUAACGGUCUUCUGGCAUCUGUUGGUGACGUACUAAAUGUUGUUUCUUGUGUGCUCAAACGUCUGCACCUUGACCUUGGCCCUGUGCUCGACCUUCUCAAAGCAGUCACUCAUCUAGAACAAAUCUCAGUACUAAAGUUGGGCUGCAACUCUACAGCGGGUGCUGAUCUUAUCGGCGGAUUGCUGGGGGCCAAGGGAGGUCUUACGAGUCUUCUGGACAAUCUAGUGUGCACGGUUGGUGAUGUUGUCAAUGGUGUUUUUACCUCUCUUCAACUCCAGGUAGCCAAGGGUCUGUUAUUAAGCUUACCAGGUUUUGAAUGUAGCAAUGGCACUAUUUUGAAUGGAACAACAUCUCUUUUAGGACUCACUUCCCUUGUUGAUAGCGUGUUUGGCGGUCUGCUUUCAAAUAAACAAAUGGUCUCCCUUGUAACCAAUAUUCUUAAAAACCCAAGUUUCUUGUCCGGUGUUUUGAGUGGAGAUGUUAAUUUUCUUAAAAAUAUAUUACAAGCAGUUGUUUGUCUUCUGAAUAAGCUUGGUUUUGGCGAUAUCCUUAAGCUUGUUUCAAACACGCUUACCCCUAAACAGUUGCUCAAUCUGGACCUGAUUUGUGUAAAUUCUUCAAAUGAUCUUCUUAGUACUAUUUUGGGCGACAAGAAUCUGUUGAAUAAUAUUCCACUGUUAACGGAAAUCGCAUGUUUAGUAAAUAAAGGUAUACCAGUAAAAGACAUUUUGAGCCUUACAGGCCCAACAAAUCUUCUUACUUUCACGGAGGGAGCAUGUGAAGCAGGUUUACUAACAAAUCUUCUGUCAAACGUCAGUGCAUUUGUUAUCCCCUUGAUCCAAGAAUUACAAAAGAUAAACAUAACUCUCGACCAGCUAAACUUGGAAAAGGUUAUUGUUCUAGUCAAUGCGCUCGGUCUCUUCGGUGGUGAUUUUGUCACUUUCGUUGCUGAGUUAACCUGCUUUGUUAAGAAACUUGGAUUAUCCCUUGUGACUGACAUAAUUAGACUAAUUGGAAUAGAGAAAAUGUUGCAAUUUAGCACUUAUGUCUGCAAAAACGGGCAGCCUCUAUUUGAUGAGUUCGAUGCUCCAACUCAGGCUAAGUUUGUCACGGCAAUGGGCAUCUUUAAUGUAAGUGACCUGACAGAUAUUUAUAACGCUCUAAAGUGUUUGGCGGAGAAAUUGAGCUGGUCGACGGUGCUAGACUUUGCCAUUGCGGUUAGAAGUCUUGAUCCUUUAAGAUGCGAACAAGUUACUGUUGGCUCACUUGUAGGACUUAUUGCUGGGCUUGUCGAUAAUCUUGGUGUCGACGUUGUCAAUUACUUAUUAGCUCAGAUCAAUCCUCUGGUUUUGUUGGACCUUGCAAAAAUUUUCUAUAUCAACGGGAGCUUUAAUACCACCCUCUUCGAAAAGGUAAAUUGCAUGUUGGCCAUCAUUAUCAUUAAGUUAAAUGCUGGCGAAUUAAUCACAUCACAGGCAGAUAUCGAAGUGCUCUCCAGCAUGCUCUGUCCUAACGGUACUGCCAUCAAUUUCCCAGAAAAUCUGCAACAGUACCUUGAUGUAUUACGCCUCUGUCAUAAUGGAUUGACUGCAGAAUGUCAAAGCAUAAUGACCGCAACUAUAAACAAGGACUCCUGUAAAGCUUGUAUGACUAACGAUUUCUGUAAUGGUGUAAACACUUAUGCACCUAAAGAGGCAGCCACUGAAUGCUAUGCCGAAUGUGUUGCUUGCACGCAGGCUACUGGUUAAAGAUUCUGACCGAUGGAAAAGAAGAAACGAGAAUCGUUUAUAGGAUCAACAUUUUAAUUAUUUGAAAUGUAAUAUAUAAAGAUGAACAUUUAAUUAGAUUAAACUUUCAAUUAGAAAAGGAAAUAAAAAUAAAACACAAGAGCAUAAUAAAAACUCAUUUUUU